CGCAGGGGGCGGGGAGGGGCGCGGGGCUGCGCGCUAGCCGGCACUCUCUUUCGGUUUGGUCCUCCACGGGAGGAGCGGGGACCCCCCCACACACCCCCCGCCUCACUUGGAGGCUUUUUUCCUCGGCGCGUCCCAGCCGCCCCCCGGUCCCGGCGCGGGGCUCGGGGAUGCCCGCCAGCAUGUUCAGCAUCGACAACAUCCUGGCUGCCCGGCCGCGCUGCAAGGACUCGGUGCUGCCCGUGGCGCCCAGCGCCGCGACUCCCGUCGUCUUCCCGGCCCUGCACGGGGACUCGCUCUACGGCGGCGCCGGUGGCGGCGCCUCCUCGGACUAUGGCGCCUUCUACCCGCGCCCCGUGGCCCCGGGCGGCGCAGGCCUCCCGGCCGCGGUCGGCGGCUCGCGCCUGGGCUACAGCAACUACUUCUACGGGCAGCUGCACGUGCAGGCGGCCCCCGUGGGCCCGGCCUGCUGCGGGGCCGUGCCGCCGCUUGGCGCCCAGCAGUGCUCCUGCGUCCCGACGCCCCCAGGCUACGAGGGCCCCGGUUCCGUGCUGGUGUCUCCCGUGCCGCACCAGAUGAUGCCCUACAUGAACGUGGGCACCCUGUCGCGCACCGAGCUGCAGCUCCUCAACCAGCUGCACUGCCGGCGGAAGCGGCGGCACCGUACCAUCUUCACUGACGAGCAGCUCGAAGCGCUGGAGAACCUCUUCCAGGAGACCAAGUACCCAGACGUGGGCACCCGCGAGCAGCUGGCCCGGAAGGUGCAUCUCCGCGAGGAGAAGGUGGAGGUCUGGUUUAAAAACCGCCGCGCCAAAUGGAGGCGGCAGAAGCGGUCCUCUUCGGAGGAGUCGGAAAACGCUGAGAAGUGGAACAAGACGUCGUCGAAGGCGUCGCCCGAGAAGAGGGAAGAGGAAGGUAAAAGCGAUUUGGACUCGGACAGCUGACGGCCGCGGGCCGGCCGUGGCCCUUGCCUAAACUCGAAGGACUUGCACACCAGACGAUGCUACUUUCUUGCACACGCGCUGCCUUGCGGGAGGAGGGGGGUGGGGGUCGAGGAAGAGGAACUGUAAAUAGUGUACCGUCCGAAGGGUGGGCGCCUGGGGUCGGGCCGCCCCGGGGCUUGCAGCCCCGAAGUCCAAGGCCGCUGGCGACUCGCUCCCCACCGUAGUAUUUAUAGUUAAAUUAACGGUGACAGUACAAUAAAGUGACGGCGAUGUA